AUGAAUAUCGACCUUCGUAAACAGGUUCGUUGGAUAUUUACAAAAAAAGUAAUUGUUGUUUUUACUACUGAUUAUUUGAUCAGUAGAAAAUCAUCAUCAUCAUCAUCAUCAUCAUCAUCAUCAUCAUCAUCAUCAUCAUCAUCAUCAUCAUCAUCAUCAUCAUCAUCAUCAUCAUCAUCAUCAUCAUCAUCAUCAUCAUCAUCAUCAUCAUCAUCAUCAUCAUCAUCAUCAUCAUCAUCAUCAUCAUCAUCAUCAUCAUCAUCAUCAUCAUCAUCAUCAUCAUCAUCAUCAUCAUCAUCAUCAUCAUCAUCAUCAUCAUCAUCAUCAUCAUCAUCAUCAUCAUCAUCAUCAUCAUCAUCAUCAUCAUCAUCAUCAUCAUCAUCAUCAUCAUCAUCAUCAUCAUCAUCAUCAUCAUCAUCAUCAUCAUCAUCAUCAUCAUCAUCAUCAUCAUCAUCAUCAUCAUCAUCAUCAUCAUCAUCAUCAUCAUCAUCAUCAUCAUCAUCAUCAUCAUCAUCAUCAUCAUCAUCAUCAUCAUCAUCAUCAUCAUCAUCAUCAUCAUCAUCAUCAUCAUCAUCAUCAUCAUCAUCAUCAUCAUCAUCAUCAUCAUCAUCAUCAUCAUCAUCAUCAUCAUCAUCAUCAUCAUCAUCAUCAUCAUCAUCAUCAUCAUCAUCAUCAUCAUCAUCAUCAUCAUCAUCAUCAUCAUCAUCAUCAUCAUCAUCAUCAUCAUCAUCAUCAUCAUCAUCAUCAUCAUCAUCAUCAUCAUCAUCAUCAUCAUCAACAUUCUUUCUUAAUGAUUAA